AUGUAUCUACCGAUAUUACCAGCAUCGAUACCCGCGAGAUCCGUCACCCAAUACAUACCUGCCUAUACCUCUGCAGACUACCUGCGCGAAGGCGACAGCAAUGGAGAACCCGAAGGCCCUAGAAAGGGCCUGGAGGAGUGGUCAAGCUUGAUUGGCAUAGUCACCGCCAUCGUGGGGAACAUCCUUAUCGCCCUGGCCCUGAACGUCCAGCGAUAUGCGCAUAUCCAAUUACACAGGGAAAGGGUGCGGGAGCGAGAACGUGCAAAGCAAGCUUUGAAGAAUGCAAAGAAUGGCGGGCCACGGACUGGCUAUGGAUCGGUGGACGAGCCGCAAGAUGGUGCCAAUACACCCAAUGGAGACGACGAGGCCCAAGGCGCGCAAGAGUCGGAUCCCCUGACGCAGUCGUUCCAGUCCGGCGAUUCGCGCUGGUCCGAAAACUCGGACGACGACAUCACCAAGCAUCCCAAGAACUACCUGCAAUCGCCGUCGUGGUGGCUUGGCCAGAUUCUCAUCACCGUGGGCGAGAUGGGCAACUUCCUGGCAUAUGGUUUCGCCCCCGCGUCCAUCGUGUCGCCCCUGGGAGUCGUCGCCCUAGUCUCCAACUGCAUCAUCGCGCCCAUAGUAUUCAAGGAAAAGUUCCGCAAGCGCGACUUCUGGGGCGUGGUCAUCGCCGUGUUCGGGGCAGUAACCGUCGUGUUGAGCGCAAACACCCAGGAGACGAAGCUCGACCCGCAUGCCGUCUGGGAUGCCAUUACCACCACUGCCUUUGAGGUGUACAUGGGUGUGACCUGCGGCCUGAUUGUCCUUCUCAUGUGGCUGAGUCCCAAGUAUGGAAACCGUACCAUUUUGAUCGACCUCGGCCUCGUGGGCUUGUUCGGUGGUUACACCGCGCUAUCGACCAAAGGCGUGUCGUCCAUGCUGUCUUCAACACUACUGCGAGCUUUCACGACACCAGUGACGUAUGUGCUCUUACUGAUCCUGCUCGGUACUGCCGUCAUGCAAGUCCGCUAUGUCAACAAGGCACUGCAAAGAUUCGACUCGACGCAGGUCAUCCCCAUACAAUUCGUCUCGUUCACGCUGUGCGUAAUCAUAGGAAGCGCAGUCCUGUACAGAGACUUUGAGCGGACGACAGCAGAGCAGGCCAUCAAAUUCGUGGGAGGCUGUUUUCUCACUUUCUUCGGCGUAUUCCUCAUUACUAGCGGUAGGGAUGCGGUAGACGAGGACGAAGACAUGCUCUCCGAUGACGAAGAUGUCGAAGAGACCAUCGGUCUCGCAGAGCAGGAUCCCGAUGAGGCCCAGUCGCCUACGCAGCAGAGGCGUCGGGGUAGCGACCCCAAGAGAUCACGACGGUCCUCCCGGGUGAGCUUCAUAGAUGCCAUCAACAAGCCCUUGACAGUCCUUCAGGAAUCUGGCGUCCCAACCUCAAGAACGCCUACGACAACGUCCAAAACGUCACUUCUUCCUCCAGGAGACGCCGGCGAGUCGGCGCCAUUGUUGCGGUCACGCUCACAGGAGCCACAUUCUACACCACCAGUCCACCCAGGGAUAUCACAUGCGAUGUCAUCGGAAUCAGCAAUCUCGGUAUCCAGCGCGACACCAGUCAAUUCCGAACCGCCCACACACCCUAGCACGCCUUUGGCACAAAACUCUGCCUUACCCGCCAUCAACAUCCCCCACGAUGCCAGCCCUGUAACACCAAGGCCGCAGUCAGCAUCCAGAGCCCAUACACAUCACUUCACCGGGCCGCUGUUCUCGCCAUCCCCAUUCCACUCAACCGUUAGCGGCCUCGUCCCAUCAAACCUGCUCAAAGACGCCCACGCGGCGCGAAGGCCGCCAUCGCGGAGGAGGCCCAGCCUUCGGUCAAGCCUGUACGUGUCACAGGAUGAGCUGGCGGUGGAGCCCAUAGGAGAGGAGGAGGAGAGGGUAAUAAUGUCUGCGAUCGAGCGGAGCCGGACGGCAGACGAGUCACAGAUUCCCGGGCAGCCGGGCAAGAAAGGAGUCAGGGCCCGCGCCAAGAGCCUGACGAACUCGGUGGGGGACCUGUUCGGCGUGAGGAGGAAGCGUGAUAAUGGCUCAGUGCGUGAGGGAGAGGAAAGUGGACAGAGCAGCCAAAGGGUCGGGGACGCCAGCACGGAGACGUUGUGA